CGCAAGAGGGCGGGCUUUACGGAAUACAGGUAGGGGGAAAUAUCACUAGCUCACAUCCAGAACGUUCUAGACAUUCUCGAAGAGACAGCGGGGUAAUGGCAAGCGACAAGAGUUUUACUGACAGCUUUAUAGACGCGGACCCAGCGCGAGCUCUUGAGGAGCUGAACGUGGCUUUAGGUGAGAAGGCGGACCAUGCGGAAUGGCUGUGCCAACGAGCAUAUGCACAUAUCUUGCUCAAAGACUAUAACAGAGCAGUUGAUGAUGCUAAGAAAGCACAGGAGCUUCAGCCUGGUAUGACGCUUGCAUUUUUGAGAACAGGAAUUGCAGAAUAUCAUCUUAACAACAUCAGUGCUGCCCACCAGGCCUUCACAGCUGGAAAAGGAGUUGAAGGUGCUAAUGAAGACUUUCAAACGUGGAUCAAGAAAUGUGAAGAGAAAAUGGCAACACAAGACCAAAACGGAACCUCAAAUUUGCAAACUGCAGCUCCACAUGUCAAACACGACUGGUACCAGACGGAAUCUCAAGUCACCAUCACCCUAAUGGUAAAAAAUGUCAAGAAGGAGGACGUCAGCAUCACAUUUAAGGAAAAAGAGUUGAAAGCAUCGUUGAAACUUCCAUCUGGAGAGGAUUACUGCCUAAAUAUCCACCUGCUACACCCUGUGGUUCCCGAGCAGAGCACAUACAAGAUCUUCUCCACCAAGGUCGAGAUAAAAAUGAAAAAGACGGAAGCCAUCCGAUGGGAAAAGCUGGAAGGCGAAGGCAUCCUUCCCAACUUGAAGCACUUUUCUCCCUCGCCGAACCAAUACCCGUCAUCCUCCCACUACACCCGCAACUGGGACAGGUUGGUGGGUGACAUUAAGGAGGAAGAGAAGAAUGAGAAGCUAGAGGGAGAUGCAGCACUGAACAAGCUGUUUCAGCAGAUCUACUCCGACGGCUCCGACGAGGUCAAGAGAGCCAUGAACAAGUCCUUUAUGGAAUCAGGAGGCACAGUUCUCAGUACUAACUGGACAGACGUGGGAAAACGAAAAGUAGAUGUUAAUCCCCCCGAUAAUUUGGAAUAUAAACAAUAUUGAAGGAACUCGUCCCGCUGCUCUCAUCAGCCGUACAGUUCCAUAAUCACCUCACAGCCUUGUCCUUCACUCUGUUAUGUUCACAUUAUCUCCUCUUCACAUUCACCCUGAACUUCAGACCCAAAUGCAUAAUCACACGCUACGACUAACAGUCACGGUGAGCACUUGUUUAUCGCUCAUAGUCGUUCACCAGCGACACCGAAGAUCACCGAAGGACCACUUUCUGAUCGUUUAAACAUGUCCUACACCUGCGGUUUUUCUUUGCUUUCAUAUUGCCUGAAGAACAGCUGUUUAGAUCAUCUCGUCUCAGUCUGACAUCAUUCAACUUUCUGGAAUAUCACUCAUCAAUCGUCAAGUAGCCGUGCAUCAGUAUACAAAUUCUUACAAUGCAUCAUGAAUUGUGUUUUCCUUGAAUAUUAUCAAAACAUGCUGUAAAUAAAAAAAAUAACUUUU